AUGUCCGUCACACUGCAUACGACAAAGGGCGAUAUAAAACUCGAAAUAUUCUGCGAAGCCGUCCCCAAGACCGCCGAGAACUUCCUCGCCCUCUGCGCGUCGGGCUUCUACAACUCUUCACCCUUCCACCGCCUGAUCCCCUCCUUCAUGGUCCAGACGGGCUCGCCAGCCUCCGACCCAAAGUCCAAGACUUCCACAUCCAUCUACGACACGCCAAACCAGCUCUUCGAGGACGAGCUUCGGCCCGCGUUGCGACACAAUGCGAGAGGCAUCUUGAGCAUGGCGAACAAGGGACCGAAUUCAAACGGCUCGCAGUUCUUCAUCACGUUUGCGCCUGCGCCGCACUUGGAUGGGAAGAACACCGUCUUUGGAAAGGUGCUCGAAGGAUGGGAGGUACUGGAUGACAUGGAGGCCGUUCAAGUAGACAAGAAGUCAAGACCGCAGGAGAAGAUGGAGAUCAAGAAUAUUACCAUUCAUGCAAACCCGCUGGCAGGAUGA